UGAAGGAAAAAAUGGAAACAAUUUCAGCACUUGACCAUCUCGCUAGAUAUCAUCAUAUCAAAACAACGUCUUGUACAAGAAAUCUUCGCUAAAAUUCAUCAAGAAAUUAGGGUUUCCAUUUUCUCUCUUACUAUAAAUAGUAAACAAACAGCCGCAAAUGGACGGCGUUAUAUCGGCGACGGAACAACAGAUGUUAGUUUCUUCUUUCCUCGAAAUCGCCGUCGGUCAAACUGCUGAUACUGCCAAACAGUUCCUUCAGGCAACAAGCUGGAAGCUUGAGGAAGCAAUUCAGCUUUUCUACAUCGGAAACGACAGUGGGGCAGCAGCAUCUUUUAAUUCUCCACAAUUGGGAAAUGAUGCACUUCUUAGUGACCCGAGCUUGAGUGAAGCUGUGAAGGACUCAGCCACAGCUUCGGCAGACAACAGCUUGGAACAAGAUGAUGGAGAUGAUGUACGACCACCUUUACCUGUAAAAAGGGAGGUUCUUUAUGACAAUGCCGUACGAUAUGGUUCAUCAGGAAUGGGAGGUUCAUCACGUGAACCUCAUCUAGUAGUUCCCUUCCGCAACUUUGAGCAGGAAAUGAAGCAUCCAGGAGUCUGGGAGGCGGAUACACGUUCUACUUCUACAGCAGAUGCUGCUCAAGACAAUCUUGCUUCUUUGUAUCGUCCUCCUUUUGGCUUGAUGUACCAUGGGCCUUUUGAGAAGGCGAAAGAUGCUGCUAGAGCGCAGAACAAAUGGCUCUUGGUGAAUAUGCAAUCCACGCGUGAAUUCAGCUCACAUAUGCUUAACCGAGACACUUGGGCUAAUGAGGCUGUUGCUCAGACUAUCAAAAGUAACUUCAUCUUCUGGCAGGUGUAUGAUGAUACUGAAGAGGGCAGCAAAGUUUGCACGUACUACAAGUUAGAUUCUAUGCCUGUUGUAUUGGUAAUUGAUCCUAUAACUGGUCAGAAGAUGCGUUCUUGGCGUGGAAUGGUUCAGCCAGAGACCUUGCUGGAGGAUCUUCUAUCUUUCAUGGAUGCUAGCCCCUCAGAAUUUCAUGUUAAUCUAUCUCAUAAACGACCUAGAGAAACUCCUCAAGAACCUCGUCAACCUCAACCUCAACCUCAACCUCAGAAUGAAAUUGGAGAAGAGGAUGAAGAACUACAACGAGCACUGGCAGUCUCUAUGGAAGGCAUAGAAGAUCACGGUUCAGUUGCCACUAAAGAGACUAAUGAAGCCAGUGAUGAUGUAAAAGAGGAGCAGUUGAUAAAGAAGCCUUGUUAUUCUCCUCUACCUGAAGAACCCAAGGGUGACAAGAACCUCCUCUGCAGAGUUGCAAUUCGCUUUCCUGAUGGCCGCAGGCUUCAAAGGAAUUUUUUACGAACCGACUCAAUCAAGCUGCUAUGGUCCUUCUGUUCUUCUCAGCUUGAGGAAGCCGAGACAAGGCCUUUCAAAUUCACGCAAGCUAUCCCAGGUGCAUCGAAGUUUUUGGAGUACGAUAGCAACUUAACCUUUGAGGAAUCUGGUCUUGCCAAUUCUAUUAUUUCAUUCACUUGGGAGUGAACGAUGGAUUGACGUAAAGAUGUAAACUGCACAUUUUAUUUAUGGCUACUGAGUAAGGAUGUUGAUGCAGGAGGCCUUGUUCCUACUGCUCGGGGUGCUUUCUGCCUUCUCUACUUAUUUAAGAACAAAAAAAAAAAAAAAAAGAACAGACAAAUUUUCUUUCUGCCUUCUCCAUUAGCUGUUAUUUUGCUUUCAAAUGUAGUAUCUCGGCUUUGAAGUUGUAUAAGAUGCUAUUAAGUUUGUACAUUUUGCUAAACAUGUACAUAAUUAUGGAUAGUUCUUUGUGUCUUCUGGUCUGUA